AUGUGCGAGAGUCAAAAUCGGAACUCGACUAAUUCCAUCAAAUCAAACGCGGAUUCAAAGGUAAAAACAACAGUAACUACUCCGAAAGAGACGUCGUCAAAUGUGAUUGGUUUCUGCAAUCUUGAUUUAUUGCCGAUAUUAUUAGGUGAAAAAUUGUUCAGUGAAAGAUUAAUAGUGCAAACAGCGCAUCUGUCGCUCGAUGAUAGUGCGGUCUCGUGGCAAAAUCUUCCUAUAAUAAACGCGACAAUAAUAUAUGAUGAUGAAGAGAUAUUUCCUUCGGAAGCAAAAAUUAAUUUCCUGAGUAUAACAAUAGAAAGUAUUUACAAUCCGCCAGUCUUCUUCACCGAAGACGCAGAAUACAAAGCAGGAACGAUAAUAUAUAUUAACGACGAGAUUCCAGAAAAUAUAAUAUUUAAAGACGGUAAAUGGACAAAGUAUCACGAUGUGGAAAAAAUCAAGCAAUGGCAGAGCUUGUCGAAAUUGCAGAGUCGUGCUAGAUUAUCCAAGUGGAAACUUAAUUGCGACUACGCAAAUAUAAAAAAUACGCUCGAUACAAAACUCGAUUUACAGAAGAAAUUAUGCCAGAAUGAACCUAGAAUCGAAUGGAAUUAUAUGAAUCGUAGCAUAAUGUAUGAUGUAGGAAUUGAAACAAUGCAAAAACAUAUUGUCAAGUAUAAAUAUUGGCCAUUUCAAUUUAUGGUCGAGAAAAAUACAGAGGAGAAAAAUGUUAGAUCAAAGGAAGAGAGACCUGUUAAAUAUCAACUUUAUCAAUGUUAUGUUGACUUAUCAGAACUUGUUUUUCCAGGAAUAAAAAGUACUCACGUAAUGGCGCAAUUGUACGCAUAUAAUAUGUCCGAUAUGGUUGAAAAAACUGGUUUAGAAGAAAAUAUAUUAGAGCUUAGAAAUAAAGGCUUGGAACAAGAAUCAAAAAAAGUUAGCAGAUAUUCGUAUAUAUAAUAUAUGAUGCGUAAAAAAUUAAAGAAAGAGGAAAAAAGGUUACAUUUAGACGUGGAAGAUUCGCAAAGUACGCCAGUAAUUUCAGAAAGCGGUGAACCCGUUUUUGUUAUAAUCGAAGUCGAGCUUUAUUAUCCAUUUAUUCCUUGUAGACUGGAAACUGAUUUCUCAAACAUAAUCGAAAAAAUGAUGACACCGAAGGUAACCAAACCGUAUUAUGUUUAUUCUGGCGAUAUGGUGGAGGAACGAUACGCAACUUGCAUUCAAAAAAUAGUUGAAAUUCUUACAGAGAGUUAUAGGGACGAAUUAACUUGCUUCACGCAAUAUCUAUAUAAAACUGGCACGUAUUUGACUGUACGUAGCACUUUGAAGACGCAAGUGAUUUCCAUGCUAGAUCAGAAAUUCAAAACGAGCAUAAAGAUAGUGCACUCGAUCGAUAGUCAGAAUUUUGUGACAUCCAUAUACACAUAUCUCGUCGAACAAAUGCACCUGGCCAUUAAUAAGAUCGUUGAAAGCCGUUUUACGUGCGACAAAGCGGAUGACCAAUGGUCGAAAAUUAUAUUAUCUUACAAAUUAUGUUUCUAUGCCGAAGAAGCUUACGAGUUGGGUCACAUUGACGAUGCAAGGCGUCAUCAUCAGACUGCGAUUGCGGCGAAUAAAAAUGAUCUCAGAGCAUGGAUAAAAUACGCGAUAUUUCUCUUAAAAAUUGACGAUACAGAACGCGCAAAAGAAUGUUGCCACGAAGCAGUUCUCUUGAAUAGACGCGAUAAAAUUGUUUUAUUGAUGUACGGAUUAAUUCUUGCCAAAGAUCAAAACUAUCAGGAUGCCGAAAUCUUUCUAAAAGCCGUUACCGAUUUUUAUCCGCGAUUCGUUGAAGGCUGGGUUAUCCUGCAUCUGCUUUACGUUCGCAUGGAUUAUUGCCCAGGAAUAGAUCUCACUUUGCGAAUAGCGGAAAAAUGCAUGAAGGACGAUGAUCCAGAAACGGAGAUCUCAAAUGAGGAUACUCUCGCUUGGACAAUGAUUCACUGUCCACAGAAUAACGUGUACAUGAUAACAGCCAUACUUCUAAUGACGUUACAUUUUUGCGAUUUUGCUGGCAUAGCGCUUACGAAAGAAUUGUCUUGCGCAGGCAGAUCCGUUCAUGUGUUAUAUUAUCUGGCCGUGCAACAUUACUUGUUACACCAAUACGAGGAUGCUUUAUCAUAUUUAAGAGAAGCCGAAUGUAUCUACGGAUUGGAUUAUUCGAUAAGCGCCUUAAUGGGGCAUUGUUACUUUCAAAAGUGCGAUUUUAUGGAAGCUAUUUGUUGCUAUGAAUAUUCUAACACGAUGUUUAAUCGGCCGAACGAUCUGCAUCUCGUACAGACAAGAAUGGGAUUGUAUUACGAAGAUACUGGUGAUUACAUGCGUGCGUUAAAAGUUUUUCUUAGCGCAUGUGAAAUUUCACCAACGGCGGAAACGUGGCUUGGUGCGGGGAUCGCUUUUUAUGAGUUGCAACAAUUUACGGAAGCCGAGGCAGCUUUAUCGGAAGCGAAUCAGAUUGACAAUCGUAACGCGACUGUUUGGAAGUAUUUGUGCUUAUUAAACAUGUCAUUGCAGCGUUACGACGAAUUAGCUCAGUGUCAGAGACAAAUCGCUCAGGACAAUACAACUUUCUCUUUAGAAAAACGGUCCCUCAAACCACGAAAUGGAAAACCAGUCAUGCUCUAAAUGCAAUUGCGAAGAAAGACAUAUAAGCUUCCUUUCCUUAGUUCAAAGAUUCAGUCAGCUGUUCUACAAUGAGCGUGAUGAGAUUAUUGUGUACUUUUUUUAUACUAAGUCUGCUUCAAAUAGCGAUGUUUACUGCAACGGUUGAUUGCGAUGAAUCAAGAAGCGUUAUGAAUCACG